AUGGCAAUCUGGGAGCUGGUUCCACAAGGAACUCAGAGCCCCACUUACAGCACCUGCCCCACCUCAAGAAAGCUGGAGAAUGCUGUUACUUUGCCUCUGAGCCUUGAUUUCUUACCUGUGAAAUGAGAGGCUGCACUGUGCAUGGCAAAGUCUCCCCCCAGCCCCAGCUCUGAAAGUCUAGGGUAUUUCACCACUGGAAAAGCAGUAGACGAUGACAUGACAGCCCAAGAGGAUAAAAUAAGGAUGCUUCAAAAGACAAUUGUUUCACCACGUCAAGCCAUGGAAUGCAUCAUGCCAGCAUCAGGAUGCUGAUGGAGCCUGAGAGAGGGCGAUCAGACGAAAGAGGAAGACUUUUGGAUUCCUGCCAUGCCUUACAUUAGCAGCAUCUUCUCCCAGUCCUGA